AUGGGGGGCAGCAAGAGCAAGUCGGUGAACAAGGAAGGUUUCAGCGAAAUCGGUGGCGAGAUUACCAGAAUGUCGGAGCACAUGGGAAAGAUCGCUGUCUCUGGAAGGUAUCACCGGAAGCCUCGCCGAAUCGGCGAUGACUACAAGAUCCACGAGACUGUCUUGGGGAGCGGCUACAAUGGCGUCGUGAACUUGGCGACGAGCAUUGGCUUAGACGACAACAUGAAGUUCGCCGUGAAGGCAUUCAAAAUUGGCAAGCUGAAGCGCGACAAGAAGGCGCAGUUGGAGUCUGAGGUGGGGAUAUAUCUUUGCAUGGACCAUCCUCACAUCACAAGACUUUUCGAUGUCUACGAAGCAGAUGACUACCUGUACCUGGUCAUGGAAUGCAUGGAGGGCGGUGAGCUCUUCGACCGGGUGACGACGCUGAAGCGCUUUACGGAGCGUGAUGCGGCAGACGCAGUGACGCAGAUGCUGCUUGCGUUGAACUACAUUCACAGCCACGGCAUCGUUCACCGAGACCUGAAGUUGGAAAACUUUUUGUAUGAGUCGAAGACGAGCAACCACCUCAAGCUGAUCGAUUUCGGAUUUAGCAAAGUGUGGGAUCCGAAUAUCAAGAUGCAUGUCAGUUGCGGCACACUUGCCUACGUCGCCCCGGAGGUCUUGAAGAAAGACUACGGCAGCCAAUGUGACAUCUGGAGUUUGGGUGUCAUUGCGUUCGUCCUGCUGUCCGGCUAUAUGCCCUUUUCGGGCUCUGAGUCAGUUCAGACGAAGAACAUUGCCGCCGGGAAUUACAUCCUCAAGCCCGAACGGUGGAGCAGCGUCUCCAUCGAAGGGCGGCAGUUUGUCAAGGCCGUCCUCGAGGUGAACCCGCAGAAGCGGCUGACUGCAGCCACCGCGCUGCAGCACGUUUGGAUCAAGAACAGGCAUGAUCUGGUUCCGUGGAAGGAUGUCGACGAUGGAGUCGUGGAGGCGCUGCGCAAAUUCGGCCACACCUCGAAGUUCCGACGGGCGUGCAUGGAGAUGAUGGCUUGGUCUUUGUCCCAGGAGGAGCGAGCACAGGUACAGGAGGCUUUCAUCGCACUGGAUCACUCACAGCAGGGCACCAUCAAACUGGCCGACUUGAAGCAGGUGAUGGAGGAGAAGUUCAACGUCUCCGAGGGGGAGGCAAGAAAGUGCUUUGAUGCCCUGGACACCAACCACGACGAGGAGAUUCACUAUUCCGACUUCUUGGCAGCGAUGGUCAGCACACGUAUUUCUCUUCAUGAUCAUCUGCUAAAGGCAACCUUCAAGAAGUUUGACGUGGAUAGCUCUGGUUACAUCACUGCAGCCAACCUGCGCGAGGUUCUGGGCGACACCUUUGAAGGUGAGCAAGUUGAAAAACUUUUAUCUGAAGCAGAUAUCCUGAAGGACAAUCGGAUAAGCUACUCCGAGUUCAAGUCCUACCUGCGUGGCGAUCCUAUGAGCGUCAACGAAGGUUUGGCUGCGCAGGUGAUCGACUUGCGACUCAAGACAGUUGAGUCAGAGAAAGGAAGGCGGUCCAGUGGUGUGAAGGGUGUGCAAGAGAUGGAGAAUGUCGGCGACAUGCUCUCGCCAGCAAACAGUGCCUGGGCAAGAGACGGGAGCAUCUCGCUAGUUGGCCACUCGAUAGAUGACUUUUUGCUUGUGGACACCAACUUCAAUUUCUACAGUCACGUGCCCGCACAUCCCUUACUCGUGACCCGAAUUCGGUCACAGAUCUCCCGCAUUGCUCCUUCUGCUGGCGUGCACCCAUCCUUCUCCGUGUUCAAAGACAGGCACUGCAAUGACAGCGAGCCGUACGAGCCGUGCCAGUACAUCUCUUGCUGCUUCUGCACUGCGAACUGGAGUCUGGGCAUUGCUACGCGAUCGCACAGCGAGACGCUGUGGCAGACUCUCACAUUCACCUCAAAGCAAAACCCCUUCCCUUCAGCAUUCUUCAUGCCAGAUUGGCUCAUGCUCCGGCUCCGGCGGUCCCUGAUAGGUGAGCGCGAUCGAAACACGAAUGUGAUCCACCAAAUUUCGGAGGGCGUCCUCAAGCCGGAACUGCUGAGUGCUCAGUGGAUACACAUCUUGCCUCUGCCUUUCGACUUCCAGUCCAUCCUGGGCGUGCAGGCCCAGGGCACUGAGAAGAGACUACGGUUGGCCAGUUGGAACGUCCUUGCGCAAAGCUACUCUCUUCAGAAGUCCUUCCCCGAUGUGAAGCCCGAAUGGCUGAAAUUUGGGCACAGACUUCCACUGUUGAGAGAUGCACUGGUGGACAUCGGUGCCGAUGUACUUUGCCUUCAGGAGGUUGAAGCGCUUCAUUGGCAGCCGCUCCUGGAAGGCUUGGACUAUGAGGUGGUGUUUGCUCAGAGGCCCGCACGUGCAGACGGAUGCCUCGUCGCAUUUCGCCGGACAAAGUUCAGGUGCCGGCAGCACCUCGUGGUCGACUUUGACUCGCUGCUCGAAGACUCACUUCCCCCAGCUGUGAUUGCAAGAUUUGCGCGGCGGAAUGUUGCUUUGGUCGUCGAGCUGGAAGAUGUGCAGGAAAAUGUUUCUUUCCUCAUCGCCACGACCCAUCUCUAUUGGGGCAGUGAGCAUGACGACGUCAGGGCAUGGCAGCUGGCAUCCCUUCUGGAGGCAGCGGCCCAAAGCUUCGGAACCUCGAAGCCCCUGGCGCUGUGUGGAGAUUUGAACUCACACCCUUGGGGCUUGGGCUGCCAAUUGCUACGCAACGGUGCAGUGGAGGUUCCUCGCAAGUUCCGCAAGGUGGAGCGCUUUCUGGUAGAUCGUGACAUCUCGAAGGCCGCCAAGCCCUUGCGACUCUUGGGCUUGGAUGUCAUGGUGGAGAAAGAGCCAGAACGCGAGGAGCGUCCAGAGGGCGCCCAAGGCCUGCGACUGGCCAAAGUGCCUGUCGUAGCCCGUGCUGCACGCGAAGACCGUGUGCUGGUGUCGGCUUCGAAGAGGCUGGUUGCACGUGCUGACGCCGCCUUGGCAUACUUCCUUGAUGCCCGCUGUUUCGACAAAGCUUUGGCGCGGCUGUGCCUCGAUCUUUCUGUGGAAAUCAACCCUGACCGUUUCUUCACCCGCUGCGUGAAAUGCAACGGGCGGGUCUGCCCACUUGCCAACACCGAGAAGGAGCAUGACCGGGCAAUGGCAUUCGGCGCUCCAACAGACCCAGCAAUUCCUUUGUUCACAUGUAGCCUGUGCGGACAAGUCUAUUGGUUCUCGCAGGACCAUGGAAGUGCAUCAGCGCGAGCACGGCAACAGGUUGAUAGGCUUGUGGAGCUGGUAGAGAAGCUGCGCCAGACAGACACCAGCGCCCCUGCUGGAGAGGACAUGCCUGACUCUGCAGAGCGUUUCCUGCGAGAUGGUGGUGGCCGACUGGAACAGCAUUGGCAGCUGAAGUCUGCUUACGAGGAUCUCGAGCCGCAAAGUUCGGCAGACGUGCGUGACAAAGUGCUCACCAACUCGAAGUAUGGUUUUCACGGCUGUAUUGACUACAUCUGGCUGAGCCCAGGCUUCCAGAAGAGUCGCCUCCGUCGACUGCGGCUGCCAAAGUGGGCAGAGUUAGGAUCACCUGAGGUAGGUCCGCUUCCCUCGCUGGUCGGCUGCUCGUGGCCUUCUGACCACUGGCCGUUGGCUGUAGAUUUAGAGCUUAGAGUUUCCGGUGCUUCCACCGCCCCCGCUUCCGGAAAAGUCGCAGCCGCAGCGCGGUAG